AUGUCCAUAUUCAAGACGUUAGUUAAGGCAAACAGAGAUAUCAAAUUACUAUGGUUUAGUGUGUUUUUACGUUUGAUGGCCUACGGUGCCAGUAAUAUCGUUUUAGUGUUGUACCUCAAAGCACUGGGUAUUUCAGAGAGUCUUAUUGGGAUAUUCAUGACUUUGACUUUGAUUGGUGAUACAGCAAUUUCCUAUCUAUUGACAUGGUAUGCAGAUGGACUUGGAAGACGUUAUGUGAUGAUCGCAGGCUCAUUAUUGAUGGUUCUCUCCGGUUUGGUCUUUGCAAAUUUUAAUCAAUUUUAUGUAUUGUUAUCAGCUGCUAUCUUUGGUGUUAUAAGUCCUAGUGGUGAUGAAGUUGGUCCUUUCAAAUCAAUUGAAGAAUCUACAAUGGCUCAUUUAACAAUUUUAAAAGAUAGACCAGAUGUUUAUGCCUUGCAUUGGUUAUUGGGUACCGCUGGUGCUAGUAUUGGUUCUUUAAUUACCGGUAUACUUUUGGGAAGAUUAUUAGAAAAUGGGUAUACAAACGUCGAAGCUUACCGUGUUAUUUUCUAUAUUUAUGCGGGUAUUGGGUUAUUGAAAUUGGUAUUGAUGUUAUUUUUAAGUGAUAAUUGUGAAUUGAAUGGUGCACAUGUAGAGACACAUCAUCAAAAUACAGAGGAGGAUCCAUUAUUACCAAAUGGUGUUUCAUCAGACCGUGAGGAUCAACAAGGGGAUACCAAAAAGUCAUCAUCGCUAUCCAGAGAAACUGUUGGUAUCUUGAUCAAAUUAUUAAGUGUCUUCAUGUUAGAUUCAUUAGGAUCUGGAUUCAUGUCAAGUUCAUGGGUUGUUUAUUACUUUAAGACACAUUUCUUAAUUACAUCAACCACUUUGGGUGUCUUAUUCUUCUUAACAAAUGUCGUCAAUUCCAUAUCUGCAUUACCAUCAUCAGUUUUAGCUAAAAAGUUAGGACCAAUCAAGGCAACAUUAGCAGUUCAAGUACCAAGUGCAAUUUUUCUUGUAAUUACACCAUUUAUCCAACAAUUUUUGGGUGCCGCAUUUGUCAUCAUAUUAUUUUACUCAACAAGUGCAAUGGAUGUUGUUCCAAGACAAGUUUUAUUAACAGGAUUAAUCAAACCUGAUGAAUUGACAAAAUGUAUGGGUAUCGUGAAUAUUGGUAAGACAUUUGCAAGAUGUAUUGGACCAAUAGCUACAGGAAAAUUAGCUACACAUGGUAAGUUAUGGAUUUCAUAUUUGAUAAGUGGUGGUUUGAUCUUCAGUGCUGAUGUGCUAUUAGCCAUUCUAUUUUAUGGCAUUGAUGAAAAAAUCUUGGAGACACACUCAUAA